AUGGACACGGUCCAACCGGUCGAUGCUGGCGCUGGCCAGAGCAGGGCCUACCUAUCGUUGGUGAGCGCCGUGAUCGGAGCGUGGCAGCGCGAUCCUAGGGCGGUCUGGAGCAGCUUUUCCAUGAUUAUUGUGUCGGAGAUUGGCGACAAGACAUUCCUCAUCGCCGCCAUCCUCUCGAUGCGCCAGUCCCGGCCCGUCGUCUUCCUGGGCGCAUUCGCCGCCCUCGCCGUCAUGUCGGUCCUCUCUGCCCUGAUGGGCGUCAUGUUCCCAGCACUCUUACCCCGGAGCUUGACCACAUUUGCAGCGGCGGUCCUCUUUGGCGUCUUUGGCGCGCGCAUGCUCCUCGACGGCCUCAAGAUGACUGGUGAUGAGUUGGGCGAGGAAUGGGAUGAGGCGCAAAAGGAGGUCGACGAGGAGGAAGUUGCCAUGGAUGGCGGUGGUAGCGCUGGUGCAGCGGGGGGCAUGGAGAUGCUGCGCAUGGAGGAGGGUGCGGGCCAAGGUGCCAACGGCUAUCCGAAUGUGCUCCCAUACCCACCUACGCCUUCGCCGGCUGUUCAGUCAUCGCCGUCCUCGUCUACACCAGGGCCAAAGAGCAGCUCGGCGUACAACUUCAAGGAUGGCGCGAGAAACCUAUGCAUGCUCUGCUUCAGCCCCGUCUUUGCUCAAGCCUUUGUCCUAACUUUCCUCGGAGAGUGGGGGGACAGGAGCCAGAUCGCCACCAUCGCCCUGGCUGCAGCCCAUGACAUCUUCCUCGUCUCCUUUGGCACAAUUGCCGGCCAUGCGCUCUGCACCAGCCUCGCUGUCCUGGGUGGGAGAUGGCUGGCCUCUAGGAUCAGCGUGAAACAUGUGACACUGGGAGGCGCGAUCCUCUUUCUCCUCUUUGGAAUUCUCUACCUCAUUGAGUCAUUUGCCGAGUUCCGCAAUCCGGCGCCGCUGCCGCCAUCGCUUUGA